AUGCCUCGUCGAUCGUCUCGGGCCGUUCCCGCGUCUGCGGCAGCUCCAGCGCCGGCACCAAAAAGGCGCGCGUCUGACAGAAUCUCCGCAGCCUCGAAGACAGAUGCGAAAAGACAAAGGUACAACAGCACAACCGCCAAGAAGGCCGUCAGAUCUACCGCCAGAAAGAGCAAAUAUUUCGAAGAGGAGGAAAAUGAGGAUUCCGACCCCGAAUCUGCGGAAGAAGACUCAGGUUCAGCCUACGAAGAUACAAACUUAUCCCCCGCGUCGACUGAACCGGACUCUGAGGAACCGGAGGCGCUGUCGACAGAUGAGGAGAAAACAAAGAGAUCAACAACAAAGAAUGCUAAUCCUAAUGGAGGUCGGAAGACACCAGGGAAAAGGGGUGCAAGAAGAGACAACGAAAACGAGGAAGAAGACCAUCCUAAUGAGGAGAUAGCGGCUUCGCUAAAGGACAAAGAACUAUGGAGGGAGGGUGUCAGCACUGGCUUGGGACCUGGAAAAGAAGUCUUCAUCAAGAAACCUAAAGCCAGAGAUCCUGGAAAUAUUCCCUAUCAGGACCAUACACUGCAUCCGAACACCAUGCUUUUCCUGCAAGAUUUGGCGAAACAUAACGACAGACAGUGGCUCAAAGCACAUGACGCCGAUUAUCGUGCUUCGAAGAAAGACUGGGAAACUUUCGUCGAAAGUCUCUCGGAGAAAAUAUCAGAGCAGGAUAGCACCAUCCCUGAGCUGCCUGCAAAGGAUCUCCUCACAAAUGUGGUGCCGUUCACAGGCUCAGGGCUCUGGAACCCAGAAGCUGAUAAGCUUGCUCUUCUUCGAGAGGAUAUCGAUCAUAAUUCGCAUCGUCUGAAGGCCGUGCUGCGAAGACCGGACAUGCGCCGCGAGGUUUUCAAUGGGAUUCCCGACGACGAAAAGAAGUCUGUUCAGGCUUUUGUUAGUCAAAACAAAGAAAGCGCGCUCAAAACAAAGCCCAAGUUAGAGAGACACUUUCUGGCCCUCGAACAACGCUUUGAGCUGUCGCUUCAGAGAGAGAAGCGGCUAAAUAUCUCAUCAUUGACAGGCAGAUUCAUUGACUGCUUUCUGUGUGUCGAGACUGUUGAUGGCAAGAAGCGCAGCCGCGCACGGGUAGCCGGAGCUAUCCGUAUUGGGAGCUCGCGUUCUCACACCCAAACCUCGGGAGUCGGGAGCCUGGGAGUCUGA